GUCAAAGAGGCUACUCUACAUUAACAACACUUCCGGUUAGAUUUUUCAAAAUAAAACUAUCAAGCCCACCAUCCUCUGCAAAACACGAUAACCGUAAACCUUUCAGGGCAGUUUGUGGUUUUAUUUUGAAAUUUUUGAUCGCGUAACGUCUGACUCAUUUCCGCCUACCACUAACUUGACUCUACUUAUUUCCGCCUGACGUUAGUGGCUGUUUCAUUGGUCGCACCCCCGGCGAAACCUACCAGACCUAUUUACAGUCUGAUAGCGUGACGGACGUCCAGUAACACAGUUCGGUUUAUGUAUCAGUGUGAUAUGUUUAAUACAUAGUGAACUAUUUUGAUUUAAAAAUGGUUUAAAUAUAUACAUUUAAAAGCUGCGUCUUUAACACAAACUGUAUCGACAUAUUUGACACGUUUUUAUUAUUUCAUUUUUAUUUGAUUUAGAUUUUAAGAGGGCGCGUGAAAGGAGUUGUUCCCGCGCAUCUCUACAUUUAGGUAGUGAAUGUUAGAAAGUAAACAGCUAAGUGUUAAGCUAGGUAUCUAGUUUAUCUGUGUAUCCUUUACAGUCUGUGUGUAUCUUACUCUGACUCAGUUUAUAUUCUCUGAAAGUUAACGGUACAGCCGUUGAAAAUGAACUGGGUCGGGGGCACAAGAAAUCGGUUAGUGAUGAAAAAUGAUGCAAAAAAGCAGAGGGAAUUCUUUGAAAGGAGAAAAAUGCAACAGAAACUGAAAAACUUGGGUAUUGCUCUGCCAUCAUCACCUCGAGGCACCACCUCUGGUAGUAUGGACCUUGUGACUCUGUUUAUCGUCAACCAGAUUGCUGCUAAGAAAGAAAAUAAAGAUCCUCCUAAAGUGGCAGUUUUUGGCAGCCAUAAAGGAGGAUCUAAGCAUAAGAGGAAUGAAACUCUGGUACUUCCAAUGAGUCCCUGCUCGCCAUCACAGCUGGAUCUUGUUGAGAGCCAGUCUCAGUUUAGCAUUCAAGGAACAAGAAAAGGAAAGAAUAUUAUCCCACAAGGAUUCAAAAGUCGACAGCUGUCACCAGUGCUGGAGUCAGCUUUCUCAGACAACAGUGCAUCUGACUACCUGCCACCCACAACUGACCCCCGCAGCCCAUUCUCCUCCAUCUCAUCAGCUUCCUCAAGUCAAUAUUGUGUUGCAAAGUUCUAUAUACAUCAAACUCCUGAAUUAUUUUUACAACGGUAACUUGACAUUUUUUUGUUGAACAAUCAGAACAUUUAGGCCGAUCCACCAUUGUUUCCCCAGGAAUGUUCUCCCUGCAACAGGGAAAAAAGACACAGACACAGUUACCUCUGCACUAUUCUUCUCUGGCCUGGGACACCUCAACACUGGAGCAGACCAAGUUUCAGCCUUUCUCUCAAGCCAGAGGCAUGAUGGACAGUACCCCCUGGUCAAAUAGAUCAAACCCACCCCUCUACCAACUGGAGACACCAACAGCAGCUCAAACCCUGUUUGGAAACCCAGAGAACUAUAUCACAGAGGCCAAACACCCUGCAGAACACCAGGUCACCUUCUCUCUCCACCAACCAGAGGACACAGAGCCGGUGUUGGAUUUCACUCUUCACCAGGCAGAGAGGGAACAGCAGUUUCAGGAAGAUGUCUUUAGGGGCUUCAGCACUGAAGAAUGUGGAGGAGAUGUUUCUCAUGUUGGGAGACGAAAGUCAAAGAUCUAUCUCAAAGAUGAAACACCUGCCACAUCUUCAACACCACAAACUGUCCCUGACUCACCAGGCAUGGAAGUAGAGCUCUCCAACUGCACAGACAUGAACUGUUCUUGUCUUCAACACAACUAUGGUCCAAUGAGUGGCUGUGACAUGACACCAAGUUACCCUUGUGCAAAAGGUUACCUCAGUUCCGACUCAGAUGAUGAUCGACAAUGCUAUCAUUCUUGUCCCUCUGCUGUCUCUUCAUAUAUGGACCAAGUCUGCUGUGAAGUUAGCCAUAAUUCAAACCUUGGCGUACAGGACAAUGAACAACAAAGGCACAUCCAAUCAAGGCUUCCCACCCCACCCCUUAAACCCCAAAUCAACCUCAUAGAUAAUCAGGAAGUUAUAGAGUACAUGGCUGGCUCAGAUAAAGGUGUGGGAAGUAACAGACAACAUACAGGAAGUGGCACAGCUCAGUUUGAAUCGGAGCUGUGCAAGUGCAAGAAAACAUCCAAUGAAACUCAAGAUAUGGGAACUCAAACUGAUGACAAACCCAAGGCUGAAACAUGUGAUUCCUCCACUCAGUGCAGCUUGGUUUUACACAGUGCAACCAAAGCCACUGCACCUUUUGAUCUGCCAGUAAUGCAUCCAGCCACAAGGAGGCAGACUCAUACUACAUCAGGGCCAAAUACACAGGCAGUGUCAACAGGCAAUGGAAGGAAUGGAGGGAAGCACAUGCCCUGGAACAACAAGAAAUCCAGAGCCAGUUCCCUAUCAGAAAACAAGAUUAUAAACAAAUUCCCUGCUAUCAACAGUGAUGGAAAAGGGAUCCCACAGAGACCCAUAAACCCCUUUCUAGAUGUGCUGAGCAUGACUUAUGGCAAAGGUGAGGAGAAUAGAGAGGGCAAAGAUGAGAGAGGGCAAGAAGAAAAUGGCCGGCUGAUGAAAGAUCUGUCAAAUGAAGUGAGGGAGGAGGUCACAUGUGCCACAAAGGUAAACAGACUCGCAGAAGAGACCCAAACACUUCAGGAAAUAGCCGACAUUUUGCUCUUGCUCAAGCAGAGGAAAGAUGAGUGACAGUCAGAAGGAAGGAAUUAAAGCAAGGCAGAUGGAUGAAGGCAGAAGGAAACAAGCUGUUUCUGUAUAGUUCUCUAUUUAACAUACUGUUGAAGUUCAUCUUAUGCAUGUUUACCUCAUAAACUAUAGUGUGCUAAUGUUUUGAAUAGAGACUGAAAUAAAGCCCCAAAGCGUUA